AUGAGACUUCCGCGUCGCGUCCCUUGGGAAUCUCUGAGCGAACUUGAUCAAGUAUGCUCCUUGAUCUACGCAGACGAGAACGACAUUGACGCAAAAGUGCAAGCGGUGAACAGGAUCUCAGCCUGGCGGGCAAUAACAUCCCUUCCGCAUGCUCUGGAGUCUACACUUGCCCUUCUCUGCGCCAUCCUAGACGACUCGCGCAGACAGGGCUUGCCAUCGCUUCUCUCUCUCCGACAGAGCUAUGCAACUGCGCUCAUCCGAUUGGUGAAUGGCCUCGUAGACCCGCUCCAAGUAGGUGCCUAUGCCCGCUCCAUUGCGAGCAUCGCCGCGCAGCUGGGGUUGCCAGCGUGGCUCGUGGAGCUGCGACAUGCCGCAACGCACGAAGAUCUCCCUAGCAUUGAUGUGCUCAGAGAGGCCGCCAGGGAGGCUAUGAGAUGGCUAUUAGAUAAUUAUUUCCUCCCGACUUUGAACCCUUCGGCGGCCGCCCCUUCGCCAAAGACCGUGCUGCGACCGCUGUCUCCUCUCCUGAAACAGUACAAAACACUGCUCAAAGGUACGACACGCGAUGCGUCUCUGUUGCCGACACGGAAACAUGAGAUCGCAAAGGUCACGCGGGAUAUCGAGCGGUGGGUAGCGGAAGCAAAGGUUGCGGCAAACGUAUCUGUCGAUGCAAUUGAGUGGGACAUAGGCGCACAGGAUGAUUCUAUGGAGGAUGGCCGGGAGCGCUGGGCGCUGGAGAGACUUUGUGAUGCGCUCUUGGAGCUCGGCGCGCUUGUUCCUGUCUCAAAGAAGAAGAGGACCAUCUCCGGCGUACCCUUGGCACCUGCGCCUGCAAACCUUGCCAUCUGGACACCACUUUUGACCAAUUUGCAAUCCCUGCAUCCCAAACUUCCGGCGGUGCUUGCCGUCCGCAUCGUCUCGCACCUUUUAUCUCGAUCUGGUCCAUCUCAGGCAGAUGUUGGCGCUGACACUGUGUCUCUAUUACCUCAGGAUGACGCUCAAAUGGAUACAUCUUACGACAGAUGUCUUGCCGGCUGGGCAAAUUGGCUAGUCGAUACCUGCGGCGCAGGCGCCGAAGAAGAGGAGCAAGAGAUGUUGAGAAGAGACGACAUCGUAGUUUCUCUGAUCACCGGACUGGGUCCGCAGCGAGAGGCUUCAAAAACGGACAUCAUGGUUGCACAGGAUCUGCUAACUGCGCUCUGCGCAGGCCAUCCACACCUCGAAAGAGUGGCGGCGUCUCUACCUCCGAUCGCGGAUGCGCCAUCAAACCAAUGGAACAGCACCGACAUUGACCUCAUGCAACAGCGACUCUCCGCAGUCCUCGCACUGGCUCGCGCGCCUGACGCUCCAAGCUCCUCCGCCACGGGCGCACUAGGCGCCCAACCUCCGAACAUCACUAAUCCUAUGGAGCCGGUGUGUACCGGACUGCCGCCUGGGUGGAGGCUACUGAGCGAGAAGGACGGAUGGAGACCGUCGCCCAUCGGAGUCCACGUCCCACGCGUGCCUGCAUAA